UUGGAAGAUUAUUCCUUCUACUGAGCAAAUCAGAUUACAGUAGUCCAAGUAAGUUUUUUUUGUUGCAGAUGAGAAAAAAGUGGCAGAACAAUCAAUAGUGGAGAAAGUAGUAUUUUGGCAUUGCUGACCUAAAGCAAUAUUGCAGAGUAUUACUCAUUUCAUCAUAAGCAAUGUGGACUGAUUUAUAGCUCCACAGGGAAGUGCCUAGAGGGUUCAAUUUGAAGGUCAUAAAAUCUCCCCCUUGAAGAUCUUAUGUAGGUAACACAUUUUAGAUUUUGAGACCUUCUAAACAGAAGAAAUACCCAUUAGUUGAAGACAGCAAAUCGCCACUUGAGUGAGCCACAGCAAAUUUAAAACAGUGCUUCAGGGUUUGAUGUAAUUCAUUUAAACCUUAAGGCUGAUCUAAUAGUGUCGUCUCCAGUUCCUGUUGCUUGGAUUGCAACUGAGGACUUCCUUUUUCACAGAUGUCAAGAUCACUCAAUUUGACCUUAACAACGUGGCGCCGACGGCCGGUCAAUUUUCACCCGCUUGACCUUUCCGAUAUGGCGGUGCUGUGGUGGCUUGUGGGUGCCGUCGGUGCUGUGAUCCAGCUGUGGGAAAUGGAAGAUGGCGGAAGCACUGACCGCGGAGUUUGGACCUUACAGCCGGAGUCUGCAGAGUGUACGAUCUACCCCGAUCCCUGUAAAUGAUUUGAAGAACACCAGCUGCUCUAUUCAUCAAACAACCAACUGUCCUGAUGUAUUGACCCAGAGUUUUCAGAAAAGACCAGUAAUGAUGUCAAGUCAGCCAGUCAAUAUUGUCGACAGUGGCAAACGCAACAAGAAAAAGAGAAGAGCUAAAACGUUGGACAGUUUUACUGGGAGAUUCCAAGAUUUAUACAGGUUGACUGGUGAACAAUUAGGAGAGGGGACUUAUGCAAAGGUCCAAGGCUGUGUUAACCUUCACAAUGGAAGAGAAUGCGCUGUAAAGGUCAUUGAGAAGAAGUCCGAUCUGAGCCGAAGCAGGGUGUUCCGUGAAGUUGAGACUUUAUAUCAAUGUCAGGGAAACCAGAACAUUUUAGAGCUGAUUGAAUUUUUUGAGGAUGAAGCACAGUUUUAUCUGGUGUUCGAAAAAAUGCGUGGAGGCUCCAUCCUGACACACAUUCAAAGAAGAAAGCACUUUAAUGAAAGAGAAGCAAGUAUUGUUGUGAAAGAGAUUGCAACUGCCUUGGAUUUUCUGCACACCAAAGGUAUAGCACACAGGGAUUUGAAGCCAGAGAACAUCCUUUGUGAAUUUGCAGAAAAGAUAUCCCCAGUGAAAAUUUGUGAUUUUGAUCUUGGUAGUGGGGUGAAGCUAAGCAGUGCAUGUUCUCCUAUAACCACUCCUGAGUUGAUGACUCCGUGUGGUUCUGUGGAAUACAUGGCUCCUGAAGUGGUAGAGACAUUUACAGAGGAAGCAUCAUUUUAUGAUAAGCGUUGUGACUUGUGGAGUCUUGGAGUAAUUCUGUACAUCAUGCUGAGUGGAAACCCACCCUUCGUGGGGAAUUGUGGAACAGACUGUGGCUGGGACAGAGGAGAGGCCUGCAGGGCUUGUCAGAACAUACUGUUUGAAAGUAUACAGGAAGGCAAAUAUGACUUCCCGGAAAAGGACUGGGCACAUAUUUCCAAUGGCGCCAAGGAUUUGAUUUGCAAGUUGUUGGUACGUGAUGCUAAGGAUAGACUCAGUGCUGCUCAAGUUCUUCAACAUUCAUGGGUCCAGGGGAAUGCCCCAGAAAGACGUCUGCCCACACCACAACUUCUGCAGAGGAACAACAGCACAAAGGACCUGACUCAUUUUGCUGCAGAAGCCAUUGCCUUCAACAGGCAGCUCUCACAGCAGGAUGAGGAGAUGCAGGGAGAGCAGGAAGCCAUCAUCAAGACUGUUUGUUCCAUGAGACUUUCUCCUCCCUCCAGUUCCAGGCUUGCUAAACGCAGGGCCAAGACGCAGGCUGCAAAAUCUCCCCAACAGCAGUUAUCUACUUCAGGAAUGAGUGUCAUUGAUGGUGCUUCAUAAUUUAUGUUUUAUCUAACAUAGAGCUGCCAUAACAUUAUGUACCAAGUGCAGGAAUCAAAACCAUGCUUGUGUUAAUAUGGAACUUGACACAGGGUUUGUUAUACUUCAGGCUGUGGAAAUAUUUAUUUAAACAAAACACAAUAAUGCUGCUCAGUUUGUGGCACCCUGCAGUUAAUUUUAAUACUUUUGUACAAGGUACCCUUGUGUGAUUAUAUUUUUAAACUGCAUGCAGAUUGUUAUGAAAGGGGUUUAUAAUAUAUUUAUUUUUCAUAUAUGCAUCAUAUUGAAAUAUUUUGUAUCUUAUAAAUUGCCUAAUAAAUGUAAAUAUAGAUGCCAGUUCAGAAAGGAGGAGAUAACUCUUAAGUUAGAAUGAAGUAUGUACAUUAUCAGAAAGAAGGAGUAAACUCUUCAGGUGAGUGUGAAGUACGUAUUUGCAUAAUUGUAGUUCUUCACAUUUAAUUAAAUAAAACACUGUGCAGGUUAAAACAUCUAAAGAUGUUUAUUGCGAGGGGUUGGAAGUAUUGCUGAGAUAGCACAGGGCUUUGGUGAGUACUUAUUUUGAGUAAUGUGUGCAUUUUGGUCUCCAUUCCCAAAGGAAGGAUAUAUAGGACUUUUUGGUGCUGUGUAGAUUUGAGGUUGAUUUUCAUGAUAAAGGGAUUGACCUAUGAAAAUAGGUCUAAUAAGCUAGUCCUAUAGAUGCACAAGAUUUGGAAGAAUUGGAAGUGGUCUCAGUUAAAACAUACUAGAUUAUGAGAGAGAUUAGGAUGCUGUGAGGCCCUUCACUCUAGCAGUAGAGCCCAGACCAAGGAUGCAGAAUCUGAGGCUAAUGGAUCUGCCAUCAAUGGAUGGAAAAUUUCUUCAGGCAGAUGGUUGUGAAUCUUUAAAAUUCUCUACCUCAUGAAACUCUGCGUGCUCAGUCAUUUGUGUAUUUUCAAGGCUGAAAUCAGUAGAAUUUUAGACAAGGGAAUCAGAGAUAUGGACAAUGGGUAGCAAAGUUGAAGCAUGUGAUCUUAUUGAAUAGAAGAACAAGCUACUUCUAUUUCUUGUUUUCUCAGGAAUUCCUCGUGCCUUUCUUUCAUCCCAUGCCUUGUGAAAUAAAUAACAGCAUGGCUGAAAUCAGAAUUUGGGGGGUAUAAGCCAAUAAUUUACCAUUUUGUGGCAACCCUGACACACUUGACUGGUCUGAUGAAAGGAUGAUGAAGUAAGGACCUUUUUAAUGAAAUGUUUGUGGAGGUUCAAUCAUAUAUUCAUUUCAGCCAUGGCAAUUAACUACAACCAUUUCUAUGGCUUCGUUUAUUGAGACUAAAGACAUCAACCAUCUUUGUAUUAAAAUGUAACCAAAUGUGCUUUUCUAAUGAAAUAUAAAUUACGGUGAAGAUUUUAAAAAUAAAGAAAUUCAUCCAGGUUUAAGGAGA